CAUUCAGACUAUGGCCUUUGAAAGGAUAACACAAAAGGACUGGUACAAAAUCCUGGGUGCAAAGCCAUCGGACAGUCUGGCAGAACUAAAACGGAAGUAUCAAAAACUUGCUUUAUUAUAUCAUCCAGACAAACAGAAGGCAGAUGUGCCAGCAGGAGAAGUGGAGGAGCGCGUGCAGAGGUUCAUCGAAAUUGAUCAAGCGUGGAAAAUUCUAGGGAAUGAAGAGACAAAAAAAGAGUAUGACCUGCAGCAGCGUGAAGAUAACCUGUCGAAAGAAUGGCCGCUACAUGCACAAAUUCAUCUUGAGGAUAUGUCCUGGAAUGAAGAUGAACAAUGUUACACUCUCUCAUGCCGAUGUGGUGGGAAUUACACUGUCUUCAAGAGCGAAACCAAAGAUGUAUCUUUAGUUUGUUGUGACACAUGUUCGCUUGUUAUCGAGAUCCUUCAAUGAUUGUUUCAAUCAAGCACGUUAAGAGUUACAAACUGUUUAAAAGACUGGACAAACAGCAGACAGCAUCUGCUAAGAAAUGUAUGUUAAAGAAAAGGGAGGCACUACCAGAAUGAGCUCUGUCAGGCUUAAGAAAGGAAAUGUGGCCAUUUGCUAACAUAGCUCUGCAGACACGAGGCUUGGUUAUUAAAAACCUCCAGAACAGAACACUAAGUUCUGUACAACUGGAAUAUAUCUCAUGAUCUAAAUGACAUUUCUUUCCCAACAAAUGACAGAGUGGCUUCUUUCAAUCUCGGUCUAUAUCAACUAUACCUUAGGCCCUACCUCUUAGAUUAAAUCCUUUUAACAGCUCAGAUGACAAAAUUUAAUCAGGAGGCAUACAUGUGAGAAUGCUUUGAAGAUAAUGAAGAGUAAGGCGCAUUAAUGGGAAACGGGAACAUUUUUUCUAUUUAACUUCAUUAAAUCCUCACAAGGACUUGAGCCUUGGACAGAGGUGGCAGAGACCUGCAGGUCAAACAGGCUGGUAGCAGGUCCAGUGCCCACGCACCGGACUGUAACACUGCAUCUACGUUAACACUUUUGAAGCAACCCUCUCUGCCAUCUGAACAAAUGCAGUCUUCAUUCCUUAGACAAAAACUAACCAGGAAGCUGUGCUCUGGGCCCUACUGGGUAUACAGUCCACUGGGCCAACCUAGAGCUGGCUUAAGGACAACCCUACAAAACCCAUUAAGUGACUAGCAGAUCCGGAACCCCACUGCUGCUGUUUUCAGUUCCAAUCCCACACUACUUGCUAAUGUAGGCAUAGCCUGCGUGUGGCUCUGGAUGUGUGACGAUAUAAUAGUGCAUUGGGCCUUUUUCAUCCCCUGUUAACAGUCAGUGCUAACCUUGGCUUGUAGUAAAACCCCAAACUUUUAAUAAAUCCAAUGAAUAGCCAGAGGAGACAGAGU